AUGUCUAAAGAUUUAUCAGAAAAGGGUUCUGAACAAAUAUCUGUUACAGAUUUAGAGGCAACUAAAAACCCUGUUGAAUCGAGCCAUGACAACCUUGCUCGUAAUUUUAAAGAACGACAUGUUUCGAUGUUAACUCUUGCACUGGCUAUAGGUACAGGAUUGAUAAUUGGAUCAGGAACUGCGCUUAAACGAGGAGGAACGAUUAGUAUAUUUCUAGCAUAUUGUUUCACUGGUAGUUUAUUAUUGGUAGUUAUAUUCUCUUUAGCAGAAAUGGCUAGUUUUCUACCAAUGCAAAAAGGGUUUAGUGGUUAUUGUACAAAGUAUGUUGAUCCUGCAAUUGGCUUUGCGGCAGGCUGGAACUAUUUUUUUAAAUAUGCAAUAGUUUUAUCCGCUAAUUUGACAGCAGCUGGUUUAGUAAUCCAAUUUUGGAGAGAUGACUUGAAUGUUGCAAUAUGGAUAAGUGUGUUAUACGUAUUGGUCAUUGCAAGCAACUAUUUCAGCGUCCGCAUUUAUGGUGAGAUCGAAUACUGGUUAGCUGCAAGUAAGUUACUAGUUUUAAUCAUAAUUUUUAUCGUCUGUAUUGUGAUCACAUGUGGGGGAACACCAAAUCAUGAAACAAUUGGAUUCAGAUUCUGGAAGGAAACCGGGUUUUUACCUUAUCUAGUAGAUGGUAACAAAGGAAAAUUUCUAGGUUGGUGGGCAUGUGUGAUUCAGUCCAUAUUUGGAUUUGUGGGGUCUGAAAUGGUUGGCAUAAUAUUUGGGGAAUCACCAACACCAAAGAAAACAAUACCGAAAGCAUCCAGGCAGGUCAUUUUCAGGAUUUGCUUCUUCUACAUUUUCGGGGUCUUCUUGUUAGGUUUAGCAGUUUCCCCAGAAAAUCCAUUGUUAGUGAAUGCAAAUGGUACCAAUGCUAAUGCCUCUCCAUAUGUUAUUGCUAUCAAAUCUUCAGGAAUUAAAGUUCUACCUUCAUUCAUUAAUGCAUGUUUAUUAAUAUUCAUUUCUAGCUCUGCCAAUACUGAUCUUUAUAUCUGCUCGCGUCAAAUAUACGGUUUAGCCAAGGAUGGGGCGGCACCAAAGAUUUUCUUAAAAUUGAAUCGUUUCAAUGUUCCUUUCAUAGGUUGUUCAUUUGCUGCACUUUUUGGAUUGUUGGCUUAUAUGAACACUAAAGAAUCUGCAGCAGAAGUCUUCGGAUAUAUCACCAGCACAGUUUCUGUUUUUGGAAUCAUAAAUUGGAUUUAUAUAUUAAUUGCAUAUAUUGGAUAUCAUAGAUCUAUUAAAGCUCAAAACAUUGGUCGAGAAGAAAUCCCUUUCCGAAUGUGGUUUCAACCUUAUACAUCUUAUGGGGCUCUAUUUCUAAUUGCAAUUGUCACUAUUUUUAAUGGAUAUAGUGCUUUCAUUACCUCGUUUCACUAUAAACUUUUUAUUACCUCAUAUAUUGGAAUAGCUGUUAACGUUUUCCUCAUACUAGGGUACAAGCUUUUUUAUAAAACGAAGGUAAUUAACCCUCUAGAAGUUGAUUUGAAUAAUCCUAAUUAG